AUGUCCGACACAUCCGUAUCCGCUCUCGAAGAGGAGAUCGACUACGAGGGUCUUGGCAACAAUGUGCCGCUCCAUAUCAACAUGAUCGCGGGUUCCCUCGCCGGUAUCAGCGAGCAUGCCGUCAUGUUCCCCGUCGACGUCAUCCGAACGCGGAUGCAGAUCCUUUCGGCAACCCCGGCCGCCACGUAUACGGGCGUCGUGCAGGCCUUCAACCGCAUCAGCACGCUCGAGGGCGCGCGGACGUUAUGGCGAGGUGUGGCAUCGGUCAUCAUGGGCGCGGGGCCAGCGCACGCCGUCUACUUUGGCACCUACGAGACGGUCAAGGACAUGACGGGCGGCAACCGCGAGGGCCACCAGUUUGCCAGCACCGCCUUUGCGGGCGCAUCGGCCACGAUCGCGGCCGACGCCUUUAUGAAUCCGUUCGACGUGAUCAAGCAGCGCAUGCAGAUGCACGGCUCGACACAUCGCACCGUCAUGCAGUGCGCCCGCAACGUCUACCAGGCCGAGGGCCUGCGCGCCUUCUACGUCUCGUACCCGACGACGCUGACGAUGACGGUGCCCUUUACGGCGGUGCAGUUUUCGGUGUACGAGUGGGCCAAAAAGGUCCUCAACCCGUCGGAGAGCUACUCGCCCGUCACCCACGUCACGGCGGGAGCGUUUUCGGGCGCCGUGGCGGCGGCCGUCACCAACCCGCUCGACGUGGCAAAGACGCUGCUCCAGACGCGCGGCAGCAGCACCGACCCGCGCAUCCGCUCCGCCUCGGGCAUGCUCGAGGCCUUCCAGAUUAUCCGACAAAAGGCCGGCCUCAAGGGCUUCGCGAGGGGCCUCACGCCGCGCGUCCUCACCUUUAUGCCGUCCAACGCCCUCUGCUGGCUGUCGUACGAGGGCUUCAGGUUCUUCCUCAACGAGCAGACCAAGUCGAGCGUCUAG